GAACCCAUCGCAGUCAAAACUCGCGAGCGACAGCCUGCGCCAAGUAGACCUCAUGACAUAAACACGCUUUCAAUAAUAUAAGCAUUGUACACCUUUGAACACGGAUAUCAUUUAUGGCAGACAGCUGACUCGCUGCUAGCGCAAAGUUUGAGCUGAAAUGGACGAACACCAGGAAGGCUUGCAGAAUCAUCCACUUGGUGCACUCAGCACCAGUAGCAUUCUCAAUAGGCCGCCGGCCGCGCUGGCUGCACUAGGAGUCAAAGGCGCAGUGGGUGGCAGCAUCCUUGAGCGACUUGCGAGCAGCCGCGAGGCUAACCAGCAGCCGCCCAACAAGGAGAACAGCGCAGCUGAUGCGUUUGUGAAGAGCGAGUUCAUCAAGGACCGCCAGCCCACACGUGGCAUCCUCCGCAAGGCCGAUGACGCUAGCUGGGAGAAGCUCCAGAGCAAGUUCUCGUCACUGGAGGGCGAGAUGCUCAACUUCAGCACGCAGACACAGGCCCGACGCGAGUCCCUGACCCGAGUGGGCGCCCCUGGGGCGCUGCAGCAGUCGACCGGCCCUAGCGCGGCCCCUGCGCCCCUAGGGCUGGCAGGCUCGGUCGCCACGCGCGGCACGGCUGCAGCCGACACGCUCGCAGCGCCUUGGCAAAUGUCGUGCCGGGCAGCUGGCGGCGCUGAGCAGCAGCACCUGCCCUCUUCAGCGCAGCCCACCAGCUCGGCGCCUCCAGACUCGGGCAGUAGCCAAGACGAUGACGGCUGCACGGGCAGCCUGAUCUGCAGCAAGGAGCGCUUCGUCACCAUCCCGCCUGGUGCAGCCGCAACUUCCAAAAUCGCGAAGGCGGCAGUUGAGACGUUCGAGGAGCCGGGUUUGCAGAAGCUUGUCGAUGAGGGCUUGCACAAGCAGCUGCAGCGCACCAAGGACGGUGCUACGGAGAAGUCCCGCAUCCACGAACUGGCAGAGCUGGUCAAGCUGCUGCGCAAAUGUGUCAAGGAGCUGGGCUCACGCUCGUCAUUGUACAUAGACCAGUGCAUGAAGGUUGAGCGCGAGUGCAUGCAGCAGGUUGAGUCAGUGAAGCUGUCCACGAAGACGUCGCUCAAGCAGCUGGAGGCGGAGCUGGCCAGCACGCGGCAGAGCCUGGCGGAGAGCGAGCGCGACUACAGGAACGACAAGGCCAAGUGGGGCAUGGACCUGGAGACCCAGCGCUCAGAGGCCUCGCGGCUGCUGCGUGAGCUGGAGAGGCUGACGGAGGAGCGCGACCGGGCCCGGGAUGAGGCCAAGCGGAACGACCAGCUGCGGACACAGGCGGAGGCGGAGCUCAAGGAGCGGCUGAAGUCGUCCAGCCAGCAGGUGCGGGAGGCCACCAUCAACCAGAGCGAGGCGAUGCGCGCUCUCAACGAGGAGAAAACGCAGGCGGAGAACAAGAUCACCGGCCUCAAGGACGAGGUGGCGAAGCUGUCCAAGACGCUCAAAGCGCAGCAGGACUGCGUCACUGAGUACGAGCGGGAGGUGCAGCUGCUGCGGGCCACGGUGGACAACCUGCGCGGCUCGCUGGCGGGCAAGGAGGCGGCGUCAGGCGUGCAGUCGGAGCAAAUCACCAAGCUGCACAAGGAGCUCUCCCAGACGCGGGAGCAGCUGGCGGCCCUUACCUCGGAGGAGCAGCGGCUGCAGCAGGAGCUGGCGGCGGCGGGGCUGGACCGCGAGGAGCUGCGGGCCAUGCUGGAGCAGCAGGGCGCCGAGCUGGAGCAGCAGCGCCAACGCAUCGUGUCGCUGGAGCAGCAGGCGGCCGGGGACAAGGCCGACUGGGAGGCCAAGCGGCAGGACCUGGAGGAGUCGGUGGCGGCGCUGACUGCGGAGGGCGACCAGCUGCGGAACACCAUCGAGGCGCUGCGUCAGGCCAUCCAGGUGACCAACCACCAGAAGGAGGAGGCGGAGAUGCUGGCCACGCGUGAGGGCGCCGAGAAGGCUGCGCUCAUGCGCGAGCGCACCAACCUGCAGCACCAGUUGGAGUUUGCGGAGAGCGCCCAGGCUCAGGCGGAGCAGGCGACCGCGGCAGUGCGCAGCCAGCUGGAGGCGGCGCAGGCGGAGGUGGCUGGGAGCCGCCAGGCGGUGGAGGACAAGGAGUCGCGACUGGCGCACCUGGAGGGUGAGUUCGAGGCGCUCAAGGAGGUGCUGGGCGAGACCAGUGCGCUCAAUGGCGGCGACAGCAGGGACAUUGUGGCCACGCUGCUGUCCAAGAUCGCAACGCUGCAGAACGCGGCGGUGGCUGCGGAGGCUGUGCGCCGCAAGCUGCACAACGAGCUGGUGGACCUGCGCGGCAACAUCCGCGUGUACUGCCGCGUGCGGCCGCACCCCUCGCCCUCCACCCGCAUCGCGCCCGACGGCGGCAGCAUCGCGCUGCAGGCGGACGGCAAGGACCACACCUUUGCCUACGACCGCGUGUUUGGCCCCGACAGCAGCCAGGAAUCGGUGUUCUCGGCGGUGUCGGAGCUGGUGCAGAGCGCGCUGGACGGCUUCCACGUCUGCAUCUUCAGCUACGGCCAGACCGGCGCGGGCAAGACGCACACGAUGCAGGGCGGCGAGUCGCCCAAUGCGCGCGGCAUCAUCCCGCGCGCCGUGGAGAAGAUCUUGUCCCAGGCGCGCAAGCUGGAGGAGCAGGCCGAGUGGAGCUACAGCAUGGAGGCGUCCUUCAUCGAGAUCUACAACAACCAGCUGCGCGACCUGCUGGGCGGCGGGCCGGGCGGCGCCGCGACCUACAUCAACGACCUGCACGCCAUCAAGCACGACCCAGAUGGCGGCCACACCGUUGUGGCAGGCGUGAGCAAGGUGCCGGUCACGGACGCCGAGUGUGCGGCACAGCUGGUGCGCCGCGCCGCCGCCGCCCGCGCCGUGGAGGCCACCGCCAUGAACAGCCAGUCCAGCCGCUCCCACAGCGUCUUCAUGCUCUACAUCAGCGGCUGGCACGCCGGCACCGCCACGCGGCUGCAGGGCUGCCUGUGUCUGGUCGACCUGGCCGGCAGUGAGCGCCUGGACCGCUCCCUGGCGGAGGGCCAGGCCAAGAAGGAGGCCUGCGCCAUCAACCAGUCGCUGUCGGCGCUGGGCGACGUGUUCUCGUCGCUGUCCUCCAAGAGCAGCCACGUGCCCUACCGCAAUACCAAGCUGACCUACCUGCUGCAGCCCUGCCUGGGCGGCAGCGGCAAGACGCUGAUGUUCGUCAACAUCAACCCCGAGCCCGCCUCCGCCGGCGAGAGCCUGUGCUCGCUGCGCUUCGCGGCCAAGGUCAGCGGCUGCGAGACCGGCGCGCGGGGCGGCGCGCGUCGCAACGUGCUCACCAUGGGGCCCGUCGGCGGCGGCGCGGGCGGCAGCGGCGCAGAUGCAUUCGACCCGGCAGCACGCGGCAAGACUACGGCGACAGUGCGGGCCGCAGCUAGCAACAUGGCUCGAGCGGCGCCGCUGACAGCCAGCCGCCCGGGCUCUUCAGCCAUCCCCACGGCGCCAGCCACUGUCGGCCGGCGGCUUCCCAGGCCGCCGCCAGCAGUGAUACCAGCAGCCGGUCUAUCCGCGGAGGCGAUAGCAGAAGCCGCAGCAGCUGCAAAUCUUGUUGCACCGGCCACUGCUCCGCCAGCAUCCAUACGUUGCAGUCUGUCGGGCCUGCCACGGAUGCCGGGAGCGGGCGGCGCGGUGGACACGAAGCGCAUGAGCCUGCUGCCGCAGCGGGCGGGCGCGGGCGCAGGAGGCGGUGCCGACAUGCGCAUGAGCCUGGCGGGCUUGCCGCGUGGCGUGCCUGGGUCCGGGAUGGGAGGAGCGGCGGGCGGGACAGCGGCGGCGGGCUCAAAGCGGCCUGCGCCAGGGGCGGGUAUUGCGGGGAACGCUGCCAAACGCAGCCGCCCGUGAGGAGGACGAGAGGCGGCGGGCAGGGUCUAGGUAGGCUAGGAGUAAGGCAGUAUCCCAUAAGUGGCGGGGGUCAUGCUGCGAUAGACGCGAGGGUUGUUCUGGAUAGCUGCAGGUUGUAGGUGCUACUCCUUGGUGCUACUCUAGUGAAGGACGUAAGGAGACCUUGUUGGCAUCAGAUUCUUCAUUCAUGACAGGCUGUGGCGAAUGGGUGGGCGUCGUGUCGGGCCCGAGACCAUGGAGACCCGGGCUGCGGCGUUGUUAUUACCGUACGACAGGACCGCAUGGCGCCCGGGGUGCUGCUGCCAUGGGCCCCUGCAACGAGUCAUGUGGCGUGGCACCGAAGCUCUGCGCGUGGAUACGGUACGGUACGAGGCA